UACAACUUUUCUACUAACAUCUUUCAUUAUCUCCUGAAGUUGAACACAAAACUGUUACCGGUCUUCUAAGAAUGAUUGAAAGUGAAAGAUUAGGUGAAGCAGUGGAUAGAACGCUUCUAAACCAUCUUUUGAAGAUGUUCACAGCACUGGGAAUAUAUGCAGAAAGCUUCGAGAAGCCAUUUCUUGAAUGCACAUCUGAAUUUUAUGCUGCCCAAGGUAUGAAAUACAUGCAGCAAUCAGAUGUUCCAGAUUAUUUGAAGCAUAUGGAGACAAGAUUGCAAGAGGAACAUGAUAGAUGCCUGAUCUACUUGGAUGCGAGUACUAGGAAGCCGCUGAUAGCCACAGCAGAAAAGCAACUUCUUGAACGUCAUAUACCUGCCAUUCUUGAACGCCAUAUACCUCCCUCCCUUCUUUUUUCACUUUACUUAGCUUGA